AUGACUACUCAGAUCACCACUACCACUUCCCUGCCCCCUCUCAAUGACUAUCACAUCCAACUUACCGGCAGCCGUGAUGCCUUGCCGGUGAAAGUCACUCGUCGUCGUGCGACAGGGAGAAAUCCCCCCAAGUGGCCUACCAAGUACAGACGUGUUCCCCCACAUCGACCCGUUAAUAAACAUUUGGAUUUAUCGGAACGUCCGAAUGGGUCGAAUACGGGGGAAUGGGUCUUUGUAAAUGUCAUGCUCAAUGGCGUGCGUUUGAACUCCCUUUUCGUGACCAGCUACGAGAGCACUAUAGGAAGAUUCUACCCCAAAUUGACGAGAUACGCUAUCGGAGGAGAAUGGUAG